AUGGUUUCUUUAUUUUAUGGCAUUGAUAAAAGAAAUACUUCUUUGCACAAUUUCCCAAAUCCCGAAAUAUCCCAGUUUAAUCUAAGUAAUUUGGAAGGCAUAUCCGUCAUAGCACAACUAAGUAACACCUUGAAGUGGCUGCACGACAACAAGAUUUUGCACAAUGAUAUAAAAUUGGACAACGUCACCAAGGAUAAUAUGCAGUUCCAUGCCAUACUGAUAGCCGAGGAGUUAAAGGCUGAAUAUCGGGAAAAGCAUGCGCAUAUUGCACCUGAAAUAAUAGAAGGCAAGUCAAAACAGUCACCAGCAAGCGAUGCCGAUGUUUAUGCUUUAGAGAGAGUUGUUUUAAAUUAA